CCCUCCAGUUUGAGAUAAAGUUUAGUAAGCUAGACCGUCGCCUUAGCAGCAGCUGAAGUGGACUUUGUUGAACAGCUUCCAGAGUGCCACAUAUUCGAAAGUCAAAUUAAACAUAAAACAUUAAGAAUUAAAGGUUCCAUCAGAUUACUCAGAGGGCAAGGGCCUACGGCCAUGGCUAAAGAUCCACUGGACGAAGCAGGGCUUCAUUUUGAUGAGCUCAAUAAAUUAAGGGUUUUAGAACCGGAGGUAAACCAGCAGACCACCGAACUCAAAGAAGAAUGCAAGGAUUUUGUCGACAAAAUUGGACAGUUCCAGAAAAUAGUUGGCGGCCUCAUAGAACUGGUUGAUGAACUUGCGAAGGAAGCUGAGACCGAGAAGAUGAAGGCUAUUGGAGCCCGAAACCUGUUGAAAUCUGUGGCUAAGCAGCGAGAGGCCCAGCAGCAGCAACUUCAGGCUCUAAUUGCCGAGAAGAAAAUGCAGCUUGAGAGGUACCGGAUUGAAUAUGAGGCAUUGUGUAAAGUUGAAGCGGAACAAAAUGAGUUCAUUGACCAGUUUAUUCUGCAGAAAUGAUGGGACCAUGGAGAACCUACUGCAGCUGAUCUAAUGGAUUCCAGGGUUCCCACUUAUUUUUUCUUUCUUUCAGCCAGGCGAAACUUGAAUACCAAGAGGCCUCAGACUGAAAAGUAUUCAGUUCUGUCAUGUCUACAGCCAGUAAAUCAGUUAUCAAAAUCUACACAAUCUUAACAAACCUCAAAUGCUCAAGUCUUUUGAGAUCUACCUUCUCCCCCAUGUUAUUAAGCAGUCAGUGCUUGAUUUAGAGCAGGGAUUCCACUAGUGACAUAUCUGCCCCAUUAUGUAUCAGAGAGGCAAAUCUAAAUAUUAUAAAUACUAUUUAUAUAUAGAGGAAUUUAUUUAUACUAUUUAUACUAAAGGGUGCAAAAAGCUGAUGAUGCAAAGCUUGCAUUGUUUUUUUUUACCACUGAGGAAAAUAGUACAAAAUACAGUAUUUGCAUGUUGCUGUAAAUAAUUUUUGAAAUUCAAAACCUUUAUGGAAUAUAAUUUUCCUCAUUAAGUUGUGUACUUUCUAACCACAUAUGUAAGAGAUUCCAUUAUAACUCCAUUUCAUGUCCAUUUCAUCAUAUUGUUUGUUUUACUCAUGGGAACACACCAAAAACAUUGCUCUCAGGAGGGACAUUCAAAGUUCAGGAAAGUUUACAACCAUUCAAAUUUCCAACACAUUUUUUGUUUAUUGCAUAAAAAGUCGUUGUACAAAAAAUUACAAAUCCUGUCUGUCUAAUAUGUGUAAUGAAAUGUAGACAGCCUUCACAUUAUAGUGAAACAUACUUGAAUAAAUCUUUUGCAGAUUAA